GACCCGAGGCCCCCAGCGCUUCACCGCGCUUUGAGAGGGCCGGGCCUCAGUUUCCCACUUCCAGAAGGCUGUGCCAUGCUGACCUGUUUCAGACUCCUCUCCAGGCACGUCAGCCCUUCGCCGGCGUCUCUACGCUCCGUGCGCCGCUGCUUCGCGCUCCGGCUGCGUUGGACCCCGGGGCGGCCGUCGGACCCCUGGCCGAUCGCCCCCUGCCGCCCACUGGCCGCAGCCGCCUCUUCCCGCUGCCCUACCGGGCCCACCGCCGGCCCCUCUCGGGUGCGCCAGAAUUUCCAUCCUGACUCGGAGGCUGCCAUCAACCGCCAGAUCAACCUCGAGCUCUAUGCGUCCUACGUGUACUUGUCCAUGGCCUAUUACUUCUCCCGGGAUGAUGUAGCCUUGAACAACUUCGCCAGGUAUUUCCUUCACCAGUCCCGGGAGGAGACUGAGCACGCAGAGAAGCUGAUGAGGCUGCAGAACCAGCGAGGGGGGCGGAUCUGCCUGCAGGACAUUAAGAAGCCAGACCAGGACGACUGGGAAAGCGGUCUGCAUGCCAUGGAGUGUGCUCUGAGCUUGGAAAAGAAUGUGAACCAGUCGUUGCUGGAAUUGCACACACUGGCCUCAGACAAAGGUGACCCCCAUUUGUGCGACUUCCUGGAAACCUAUUACCUGAAUGAGCAGGUGAAGUCUAUCAAAGAACUAGCUGACCACGUGCACAACCUAGUGAAGCUGGGGGCCCCGGAUGCUGGCCUGGCGGAGUACCUUUUUGAUAAACAUACCCUUGGAAAUGAAAACAAGCAGAACUAAGCCAGGGACUGCCUUCCUCCCAGGUCAGUGGGUAGACCAGAAUCAGAUGUCUCCUGCUUUCUUGUCCUUAAAAUCACCACCAUCUUUAUAUUUUUUCUGUCAUACUACUCCUCCAAUAAAGUGAUUUUUAGAAAAAAA